AUGGCCAUCGCCGCGGACGGAUCCAUCUGGCUCCGGUCGUCACAAGGCAGUCAGUGCAUCGCGGCGGCGACAAGGAGACGAGACGACAAGGCAGGCAGAGCGGGCGGCGACUACAGCGGCUGCAGAUCUCGCGGAAUGGCAGCGAAGGCGAUCUCGAGCCCCGUGCCGGUGGAGUGGUACCCGACGCUGGCCGUCGUCAUGGUAUCUGUAGGUCUCAUGUUCACCGCCUCCUUCUUCAUUUAUGAAGCAACUUCAUCCAGGCGGAGCCGUAGCGUGCCAAAGGAGAUCGCAACGGCAGCUGUUGCUUCUGUUUUCCUGGGCUUUGGGUCUCUAUUCGUGCUCCUUGCAAGUGGUGUUUAUGUCUGA